UCCUUUCCCUCCGCCUUAGUUCCCGAUGCCUUUGGUCAAAACUCGUUAGGCACGCACUUAAAGCUAAAAAAUCACUUUAAAAAGUUAGAUGAUUCCCCACGCACUCUCACCUUGAACCCUCCUCCGCCGCCGCCGUCACCGACCGCCGGCGUUAACCAUAUAACGUUUUGUUACCAUAUUUGUGCGUCGAGACAUAAAGCUGUCACAAGACGGAACGUCUUUCAUCGUACGGCUCUGAAAUGGGGCUGUUUCGGUCUCCUUCGAAAUCUCAUCACCCUAUUCUAGCUCCUCGAGUGAGAACGUUCUUACUGAUUUCGAUCUCCGCUGUUGUAUUUUACGUCCUUGUUUCGGUUUCUUGCCUUUGGUCCCGCGAGACAUUGAAAGCAUAUGACUUUGACACGCCGACAAAGAUCGAUCAUAUUGUUUUCGGGAUCGGAUCGAGCAAGAACUCGUGGCCGAAUCGCAGAGCCUACUCCAAACUUUGGUGGGAUCCUCACAAAAUGCGAGGUUGUGUCUUUGUCGAUGCUCCUUUACAAGAUAACCACUCGGAUUCUCAUCUUCUUCCUCCGGUUUUCGUCUCUGAGGAUACUUCCCGGUUUAGGUACACUUGGAGAGGAGGGGAUAGAUCAGCCAUACGCAUUGCGAGGACUGUUCUAGAAACGGUGAGGCUCUUCAAUGGCUCUUCGGACGUCAGGUGGUACGUGUUCGGGGACGAUGACACCAUAUUUUUCCCGGAUAACUUGGAGAAAACGCUCUCCAAAUACGAUCAUACAUCGUGGUAUUACAUAGGGUCGAACUCCGAGAUUUACGAACAAGAUUCGGUUUUCGGAUUCGAUAUGGCGUUUGGAGGAGGUGGGUUCGCGUUGAGUUCCUCGCUGGCUAAUGUUUUCGCCAAAGUCUUCGAUUCUUGCAUCGAACGGUACCCACAUCUCUACGGAGGAGACUCUAGGAUUUACUCGUGCUUGUCCGAGCUUGGAGUCGGUUUAACUCAUGAACCGGGAUUUCAUCAGUUUGAUGUGAGGGGAAGUGCGUUGGGACUAUUGAUUUCACAUCCAAUGAAACCGAUCGUGUCUUUGCACCACAUGGACCACAUGGACCCGAUCUUCCCCAACUCGACCACCGUUGCAGCCGUCAGCCACCUCUUCCGUGCCGCCGCCAUCGACCCUGCUCGGAUCUUCCAGCUCUCCGUCUGUUACGACCGUUGGUUCUCGUGGACCAUCUCCGUCUCUUGGGGCUAUGCCGUACAGAUACAUGGUCGGCAUAUGCAUCUACCGGAUGUUUUGCCAGCACAAGAGACGUUCAGACCGUGGAAACCGAACCAGAACGUUAUGUCGAGGCAGUACACAUUCAACACUCGAGAGAUUCGCUCGGAUCCUUGCCAGAGACCUGUUACGUUUUACAUGGAAGACGUCUCCUUCACACGACACGGAACGACAUCGAUACGCAGCGUUUACAGGCAAGCUUACGAGAACUGCACUCACGAUCCGGUCUCAUCGCCGAGGAAGAUCCAUGAGAUCAGAGUUUUCUCCAAUAAAUUCGAGCCAGACGUCAGACAAUUGAGAGCACCAAGAAGGCAGUGUUGUGAUAUAUUACCUUCCACUGGUGGCAAAAUAAUGGAAAUCGGAAUUAGAGAAUGCAAAGAGGAUGAGCUUAUAUACAUGCACCCAUAGUUUUGCUAAACUAUAUUAUAUAAUAUCAUGUUAUUUAUUUUCAUUCAAACUACCAUCACAGUUAGAUUUUUUUAAAAAGAUUUAAAUGGUAAAAUACUAUUUUUGACGUACAAUAUUAACCAU